CGAUGCUUUGCUGACGUGGUAUUCAGGCUGACAACCAUACUGAGAGAACCUUUUUUGCGUUAUUUAACAAUUACCACUACCGCUACAAUGUCCACAUCUGCAACUAUUUCAUUAGCCAUCGUUAUCGCUUUAAAUGGCAUCGUAUUACAUAACCGGGCAGCUGAUGGGCAGUUCAACUAUGUCUUCGAAUGCGUGGACACUUCCACCACAGCUGACGAGAUGUUUAAGAAGGUCACCCGCCAACUUGCCGAGAUGUCUUUCGACAAAUGCAGUCUGUGGAAGACCCCUGAAAUCGGCGCCGCUCUCUCUCAGUCUGGCGGUGCAACCGAACGCAAGUACCACGUUUAUUACACGUGCCGCGAAGGCGCGAAUUGCUAUUUGCCUUUUGACGGUCCGCGCUGUUCACCGGAGAAUCAGUGCCUAUGCUGUAGGAUGUGGUACAGCCUAACUAGGUGCCAGUACGAAAUAAUGUCGCUGAACCGCUUUUGGAAUGCUUGCACACCUUUUUACGACGAAGAGAGCAAGACGUUGCUGGAGACGAUUGAGAGCGUAGAUGAUAGCAACCGGGAUUCUCUUUACGGUUUGAUUCGCGAUCCAGAUUCUAUCGCCCGUUCCGUCGCGACAGAUCGACCAUACUGUAACGACGGUAAACUGAGUAUGGUCAUCCAUCCCUGCUGCGAACCGCCACUCAUGCUCGUUGUCGAUAAGGUAGACUGCUUGCAAAAGGUGCUCUGCGGAACCCGUCUAGAAUCUGGCAUCCCUUUCAAGUUUUUCGAUAGCGAUAGCAGAGGGGCCACUAUCGGUUCCUGGACGGGGCCGCUUAACGACGCCUGGGACCGGCUGCCCGCAUGGCCGAAGAUUGUCUUCAGCAGAGUGAUGCACAAGCUGGUUGCCUGUAUGAAUGCAACAGACCGUGUCUCCGUUGCUGACACUGAUCAGUGCAAUCUAUGCAAAGCACCGAAGGAAGUAGUGAGACUGUACGAGAUGGGCAACACAGUGGUGUUGUAGAAGCGCGGACGAUGUUUCAACUGGGUUUACAGUCAAACUGAUCCUAUCUACGACGAUUCGGCAUCCCUCGUAAGACGCUGCCUUUCUUUCUAAUCAUCAAACCACUUUUAACCGCAGUACAGUUUUGCCCGCUUUUUCGGUGACCCGGAUAAAAUAUGCCGCGCCGCAGAAAAGUUAAUAAACAAAAUAAAAUUUUUAUGCGCGGUAAUUGGGAGUGUUGUAUGUAAUAUCUACCUGAUUCAAGGUGCAGAGAUCACGCUAUACAUUGUACCGUAAAGGAUGG